UCGUGACGUCAUAUUGCAAUAUGGCAGCCGACUAGGUGAAUCAUCUGAUAGUCGAGUUUGUCGCCGCCUAUGUAAUUGUUAAGCUUGCCGAGUGUCGGCCCUCUACAGGGCUCGAAACAGUUUCAGCGGCCUGCGAGCAUCAGCGCAACGUGUCGGCCGCUAUGUGAUCGGCGUCUACGAUCUGGACGGACUUUGGUACAUGAGGCCCAGCACGGCGAUCCUACUUCCCGUUGUAAAUUUUAGGCCUAAUAGCAGCCAGUCUGCGGUGAAGUGCGUGGCAGGGACAUCAGAUUUUGGCAGCUGCCUUUGACAUACCACCCCUCAUGUCAUGUGCUCGAGUGAAAAAGUUGUCCUGACGCUUCUAGUUUGAGGCCAAGGUGCUCAAGAAGCAUGUCGUCGUUUAUUUCCAACUUCAAGAAAAUAUUCAACUUAGGCGGUGUAGGAGGAGGAGAUGCCAAGCGUCGCAAAGUUUGUAGCAACAUUCGCUUCGACGAGAAUCCUGAAGACUACUGGGAAAUCAUUGGAGAGUUGGGCGAUGGUGCCUUCGGUAAAGUGUACAAGGCUCGGCACAGAGUAACUGGCAUACUAGCUGCUGCGAAGAUAUGCGAGCUCAAGGGAGAAGAUGAUCUGGAAGACUUCACUGUUGAGAUUGAUAUUCUUAUUGAAUGUAAACAUCAGAACAUUGUGGACCUCAAGGAAGCCUUUUUUUAUGAAGGGAAAUUAUGGAUGUUGAUAGAGUUCUGCGAAGCUGGGGCAGUGGAUGGGAUUAUGAUUGACUUGGAAAAACCGCUGACUGAGCCACAAAUUCGUUACCUGUGCCAUGAGAUCUGUGAAGGCCUCCGCUUUCUGCACUCAAAAAAAGUUAUCCAUCGAGAUCUCAAAGCUGGCAAUGUGCUUCUCACCUUGGAUGGAGAUGUGAAAAUUGGUGAGUGAAUCGGAAUGUUUGUAUUUAAAAGAUGUGUAAUUUCAAUAUGUAACUGUA